AUGGCACAACCGUCCCCACGUGGUACCGAGGUGUCCGACGGGACAUUUUUCAGCGAAGAAGAUGUGUACUACAUAUAUAAAAAAAGAAGGUGUUCUGGGAGACCCUUGAUAAAGAUUGAUAAAGAUGUGACAUUGUUGGGCGCGCGGCUGCUGCAAAUGUUUCCUGGAAAACCCAAAACCAAGGAACACUCCACCCUAAAAGCCAUUCGUGGCCAACAGAUGGGUUUGAGCGCAAGUGGCAUGAGAUAUGUGCUUAGGCUGGUCGACCAGUUUUCCAAAUGGCUCGGAGCGUAUGCCAUCAAGGAUAAGGCAGCAAGCACAGUAGCACAUGUGAUAUUCUAG